AUGGCGAAAUGGCUAUAUAAACUCAAGAACAACCACUUUCUGAUUAUCCCAACUCUCCAAACUCAAACUCAAACUACAUCUGAAUCAACUCAACUCUCCAAAUCUUUUGACACCUCCACUGCCAGUUCAUCAAAUCCCAAACGUACCGACCAAUCUCAAACUACUCGUCAUCAAAUCCCUACAAACAAAAUGGGCGUUAUCACAGUAGUCAACAACUCCGCAUCUGACAUUUAUGUCAGCGUCACUUACGAUGGCGACGACUUUCAAAAAGGGGGAAGCGAGCUUUGGACCCUUCUUAAAGCCAAUGGAGGAAAGGAUACCUGGGGUUACAGGAACAAUAAUCAAAUAGCCAGAGUCGUCAGAAGCCAGAAUGCUGGGGCACCAGUCGAGUCUUACCUUGCUGUGCAGGACAAAACUGUGUACAUUAAUUAA